UUGGUUGUUAAAUAUUAAUGUUAUCACUAACUUAAGAUUUCAGCAGCACAAAUUUGUAAAUUUAUAAAACAUAAGUACAAUAUAUGUGUAUAUUUAUAUACAUUAUAUAUGAAUUUCAACUAUUUGUUAUUACCUUGAAGCUUUAACAACAAUACAAAAUAAAAGUUGAGAAAUGCAUUGUUAACCCGUAUAAUAUCCGUUUUCCUGUGAUUAAUAAAUUACCGUUUUGCCAGUUACAAAACGAUCUAAUCAAUGUCAAAUCUGUGAAUCAUCAUUAAUCAACGUGGAGGAAAGCAAUGUACAUUUGGUCAAGGUGGAGCAAACAGGCUCUUGCCACGAAGACCAAAUUGAUUCUACAUUGUUCAACUGUAACAAGGAGGAUCUUGAAAACGGAAAUAUUACAACUGUUCCUUUCAUGGAGGAAAUAUCUUCUUCAUUACCAAAAAAUGCUAUUCUCAUCCCAUUAUGUGGAACAACUCCCCCUCAAAAUUCAGACGAACCUUUUGGUAAUAAUGCAUACAAAACACUUAAACGAGGUAUAUCACGAGCAACUGAUAAUGUAAAUAUUGUAUCUCAAGCAAGAUCAGAAUUAGUACUUUUAGAUAGUGCUGAAGAUGAAUUACCUACUAUUGAAACUCCUGUCUAUACAUUUAUUUUACCUGAUUUAACAUCACUUGAUGACAAAUUUCGACUUUUUAUUGAAAAAGAUUUAAUAGCAGUAGCAAUGCAAAACUCUUUAGAGCAAGCUACAAGAUUAAAUUGGUGGUCUGGUUUUUGCCAAAGAUUAUGGCCUCUCUCUACUUCUGGUGAUGGUAAUUGUCUUCUUCAUGCUGCUUCUCUGGGUAUGUGGGGCUUUCAUGAUCGUUUAUUAUGUUUAAGAAGAGCAUUGCAUGCCUUUUUAAGUUUUGGUCAAGCUCGUGAAGCUCUUUGGCGACGUUGGCGAAGACAACAAACUAUUCUGAAUUCUCAAUUUGGUCUUGUUUACACUGAACAAGAAUGGCGAAGAGAAUGGAAUGCAAUUGUUAGUAUGGCUUCUACAGUUCCUAGAAUGAGGAGACAUAGUAUAUCAAGUUCUGCCACUAGUGAAACUGAAGGUGACAUUUAUGAGAGUCUUGAAGAAAUUCAUGUUUUAGCUUUGGCCCAUGUGUUAAAGAGACCUAUUAUUGUUAUUGCUGAUACAAUUCUGAAGGAUAUGAAUGGGGAAGCAUUAGCUCCCAUACAAUUUGGAGGAGUGUACUUACCAUUCGAAUAUUAUGCUAGUGACUGUCAUCGUUCUCCAUUAUUGUUAGCUUAUGAUGGUGGACAUUUUUCUGCUUUAGUGGCAAUGGAAACUCCUAAUUCUGUACUUUCUUCUGCCAUACCUAUAGUAGAUUCAAAUGGUGAACUACUGCCAUUACAAUUUCCUAUAGAUCCUGGAAAUAAUGAACAAAAUACAAUUCCUGACAAAAAUCAUGACUUGUCUUUAACAGAUUCACUAUCAAUAAUUAGUGAAUAUUUGGAUAUUGUGAAACUUGACCCUCAGGGUAAUAAUGAAUCGUCAGGAAAAAAUGGUUUAUUUGGGAGUUUGGGUCGCUCUGUAGGUAACAAAUUUAAAUCAAAGUUAUCUCGAACAAAUUCUGUAAAAAAUUUGUCUGUAGCUUUACAGUCAAAGUACACUCUUUGUGCUUUGAUCAAUACUGAUAAAAAACAUGAGUAUCAUGAUGUCAUGAUAAAAAAUUAUUUACAAACUGCAGCAGAACGUUUUCGUCAUUCAUCUUAUGUAGAUCAAACACCUAGGUAUGGAGCUGGUAAAUCUCGUUUUUAUGCUGAAGCUGAUUCUGAAUCACAUGAAAAGGUCGGUCAAAUGACCCCUGUUAAAGCUGUAACUAAUAUAGACUCUACUAUGUAUUUAUCUAAAUCUACAUUUUAUGAUACUGUCCCUCAAAAUGAACCUUGUCGUACUGAUGAAUGUCCUUUUUUUGGGUCAUCAGCUACCAAGUUUUUAUGUUCAAAAUGUUACAAGCAACAACAAAAUGAUAACCAUUAAUAAUAAUAGUUAUAAUUACUUAUAUUAUAUUUUUGACAACUAUCAUCACACUUUAACACCUAUUUUUUAAAAAUAAGCUCUUUUUCAUGUGAUAUUUAUUAUAUCUCUUAUUAAUUAUGUAUAAUUACAAUCUUUUUAUGAUAAAUCUAAUUAGAAAAACUAACUAAUUAACAAAUCACUUAUUUGUUUGCAUAAUUAAAAAUAAAUAAGCUUAAUUUAUUUUUCAAUAACUUAAGAUCAG